UAACUAAAAUGGCGCAUUCCGACACUUUGGAACUUGUAAAACGUUUACUAAAACUAACCAAGAAAUAUUCCACAUUUUCUGAUAUGACUCCAGUUGAAUUUGUGGACAGGAUAUACGAGGAAGAAGAGCAAUUAGACGAUUUCAAACAAGAGCUGUGUAACAAUUUCUUAUUCUUAAUGAAGCAUGACCGCUUCCUACAGAUUGUAGUUGGAAAUUUUUGGGGUUACUAUAAAAUGAAACGGUUUAACAAAGAGCUCUUGGCCAUUCUGUUUUACGUGGUAAUUUUUAAAUUAGAAGAACAAACCUGUAAAGCGAUCUCUCAAAUGUUGGAGCAAUUAAACUUUAGGUACAGCAUCAAAGUUCUGGAGUAUUUUUCAGUAGAAGAUAAUGUCGUCGAUAUCACUCAAGCUGGUUGUAGGAUUUACGAUAAUGAAUACGUUUUAGAAAAUAUUGUUAAACCUAUUUUGGUAAAAACGAAGUUAAUUGCAGAAGUGCAUCGCACGUUAGACGACAGACUGAAAGCCAAGCAUGCAGUUAAAUCUAAACUUCACUGCACACGGCCAUUGACGCCUACGUGCUCAAAACGCCAUUCUUUUCGGGUACCACCGACUCCCGCAAAUUCUGUUGCCGAACUUCAAAAAGUUCGCUUUAAGCCUAUUAGUCACAACAACGAGAAAACGGAACUCCUAUUAGCAAAGGCGCAUGAGAAUAACCGUGAGAAAGCCCAUGCACUUUUGAAUUUCGCCAGACAACAUGCUUUCAAGUGUGCAAACACGCCCAAAAAAAUCAUUCAAGAUCGACUAGAACUGGAACCGUUUCGGAUCAAGUUCUCAAAAAUUCCCAAGCGAAAAGACGUACCGGUUAAAGGAACCACUGCUUCAUUAAUGAGAGAAGCAGCAACCCUCGUCAAGGGCAAAGAAACUGAAAUAAAAAAAUUGGACUACCUAAUGCAAGGCGGUUUUGAUCACACCGCUGUAGACGUUCUUGAGGAAGAAAUUCGCAAAUGUAAGGAGCAGCAGUACCUGCAAGAGAUAGAGCGAAAGCAUCUUCGAGGUUUAAUCACGUACGAAGAAUCGAAAUUGGCCAAACAAAAUUUGCUCAAAGAAAAUCAAGCCAGGAAUGAGGAGUUCAAAAAAGACCGCGUGCGGAUUUUGGAAGAAAUUGAGGCGUGGAAAUUAAGGGAGCAGGAAAAAAUAAGGGCGCUGGUCGAGAAAUGCCAUAGUAUCGAAAAGGGAGCGAGAGAGGCUGAGAUUAAACUGCAGCAAAGCAAGCGAAUGCAGGCGAGAAUGGUGGAGAACGAAACCAAAGACAUACUGCGCGAAGCUUACGAAAAGCGGCAGCGAGAGUUGGCCGAAAAAGUUCGUUUGAUACAGGAAUUACGCGCGUUGCAGCAGGUGCGUACGCUGCAAGUGAAGGAGUUCGAUCCAACUGAGUCGCCCAACUUUGGCUUCCUAUGCGAAAUGUCUAUUGCCGAGCUGAAGGAGCGUUUGGGGCUCCUCAGGUUACAGAUGCAGGAAGAUUUAGAUAACAAGCGAGAGGCAAUAUUGUCCAACAAGAAGAGGCAACAGGAAACUCUCGACGAAGUGAAGCGGUUCGUUGCUGAAAGUAGGACGAUUAAAAUGAAAAAGGUGAGCAAGCAGAUUAGCAGACUAGAGAACACACCCGAACUUAUUGCUUUACGUCAACGGCUUGAGCAAGCGAGGGAGAGCAAUCGGAUUAGAUUGCAACAGUAAAUGCGAUUUCAUUUAAGUUUUUGUGUAAAGUUAUU